AUGCCGGCGUCGACUUGGGGUCUGCCCGAACAGCAGGCGAUCCAAGCCCAGCUGGUUGCCUACUUGCAGCAGCCCUCCGUCUACAAGAGCCUGCUGACAGAGCUCGGUGAUCCCCUCAAGGAUCGGACUGAUUUCAAAAUUACUCACAUUGAGACCCACUGCGCCCAUGUCUUUCUCUUGGGUGAUACCAUUGCCCUCAAGCUGCAAAAGGCCAUUUUCUUCCCGUUUAUGAACCUGGGCACGCUUGAGCGGCGACGCUCCACCACGCAGAUCGAGUACGUUCGAAAUCAUCAAUAUACCCCAGAGCUCUAUCGAGGUUUGGCUCGCACAAGCAUUCAAGUGGACGCAAACGGUCAAGCCACAGGUCAAUUCACGCCCCCGAUCAUGAUCUUGACUACCAACGAGCCGUCUGAUGAUGCAAAUUCCCAAGACACUGCCAAUCUACAGUCGUCGGGCGAGAAUGCAGAGUACUUGGUCGUCAUGCACCAAUUUCCCCAGGAUGCCCUCAUGAGCGCCAUCGCUGCUCGAGGCCAACUCCAGCCCAAACACCUAGAUAUGUUGACUGACGCGCUGGUGCGUAUUCAUGCCCAGUGUGAGCUGAUUCGCGACGAAGACUACGUCAAGCAAAUGGACUGGAUUGUCACCGACAACACACAGGAACUCCUACACUUUGCUGAGGUUGCACCACUCGUGCAACAGCGCACGUUCAUCGCACCCACGUUACGUUCCUUUCAGGAAGGAUUGGUUUCCCUCGACUGCGUUCAACGCUUGGCACAGCAGCAAGCUAUUGCGCUGGACGCCGCUCGCCCCAGCCUACAGCGCCGGCAGGUGGAGGGCCACGUUCGGUGUUGCCAUGGCGACUUGCACACGCGCAACAUUGUGAUUCUUCAUGACGAAGUAUACUUGUUUGACUGCAUCAGCUUCAACGACGACCUGACUCGAAUCGACGUGCUCUAUGACCUGGCCUUCCUUCUGAUGGAUCUGCAGCAUCUUGGCCUCAAUAAAUUGGCCAACCGCUGCUUGAAUCGCUAUUUGGCUGAGACGGGUGAUUAUGAAGACGUGCAUCUACUGCGCCUGUAUACCAGUACGCGAGCAACCAUUCGUGCAAAGGUGGCCUGUGCAUCCGCACCGGCGCUUCCGCCAGGCGAUCACCACAAGCCAUCAGCAGAAGCUCAAAUCUACACUGAGCUUGCACUAAGCUUGCUAGCGGCACCACCCCCUGUGAUUGUCGUGAUUGCUGGCAACAGCGGCUCUGGCAAAUCCACGGUUGCGGCAGAGUUGGCCGGCAGCAUUGGGAGCGGAAUCGGUGCCAUUCACGUCCGUAGUGACAUUGUGCGAAAGCGGAUGCUGGGUGUCUCGUCAGAGACUCGCCUUUCUGAUGCUCACUAUGUCGAGUCAGCGAGACGGCAGUGCUAUGCCGCCCUGGUUGAAUUGGCCAAUAACUUGAUUGCUGUUGGCUGCGGUGUCGUGUUGGACGCUACGUUUCAGGAUACGUGGCAACGCGAGUUUAUCAAUGACUUGCGUGGUGCGCCUGUCAAGUGUAUCUGGCUCGAUGUACCGCGCGCAACCCUGCUCGAAAGAAUUCGGCUUCGAGAUUCUGGACGAGAUGCCAGCGAUAUGAACGCUAGCAAGUUUGAGAAACUCACCUUGCCACCCCCACCCACAAGUGCGCCUUGGGUUCACAUCGACGGCGUGGGUGCGGUCGCUAAUGUUGCGGAACGUGUGCUCAAUGCCGUGGGUGCAUAG